AUGACUUUAUAUUAUACUUCUGAUAUCAAUGUUUGCUCUCAAAAAUUCUUGGAAUAUUUAAAAAUUCGCACUUGCCUUGGUUAUGAUGUGCCAAGCGUAGUUGAAAAUUUUUAUGAACGGCCUGAGGUGCAAAAAUAUAAUCAAUAUUUUACACACUCUCAUUUAACAAGUGAAUGGGUUAAUGAAUCCGAUAAUGGCAUCAUUUUUGUGGAAAUGCCAUUGCGAAAUCCAAAAAAAUUCCUGAAAAUCAUUAGAGUAGGCGAAUAUUUGAAAAUUUUCUUUGGUUACUGCGAAUUCUUUCAAAGUUUGGUCUUGGAUCGUGAAAAAAAAACUGGUAAGCCAUCACAUGGGAUUUGUAUAUAUGAUCAAAAGGGAAUGGCGAUCCUCAACUAUGCCAAUCCAGUUGGAAAUAUUAACAAACUUUUGAUGCUACGAAUAAAGAUAUGGUUGGAUUAUUAUAGUGAAAUUUUAAAACGGGUUAUCAUCGUUAAUCCACCAACAGUUUUGACGCUUAUCUGGAAGGCUAUUUCAUUGUUACUUCCUGCUAAGGUUCUUGAUCGCUUUUCAAUCGCAGAAAAUUUGCCCACCGAUCUUUUACCUUACUUGUCAUUAAAUGCUAUUCCUACUGCUUAUGGAGGAAAUUUUUCGCUUAAAUCUGACUUGGAUAAUGGUUGUAUGCUGGAGAAAACGAUUAUAAGCGCCGAUUUUUUAAAUGAUGGAGCAAUUUGGAAAAAAUAUUCAUUAGAAGUUGAAAAAAAGUCCAUGUCGAUAAAUGCACAUCGAUUUCUAACACUGCUAUAUGAUAUAAAAGUUGGGCAAAAAUUCCUUUAUGAAUUUAGAACGAGUGGUGAAAUUCAAUUCUGGAUUAGUCAAAAUGGCAAGGACAUCACGCCAAGAUUCACUAUUUUGACUCUCGUUUUAUCUGAAGAAGGCGAAUUUACUGCGACUGAAAAUGGUAAUCUGGAAAUUCAUAUGUAUAACCAUAAAUCGUGUAAUAUUUCCACACAUUUAGCUCCUCGCUACUCUGAAAUGUCGCUAUAA